AUGGCAGAGGAGAGCAGACAGCCUGCAGCCCCCAUCCUCAUACCAGAGGGACCCUGGAAGGAGGUGGAGGGCUCUGUUAAUGCCGCCAAGGGCUUCAAAGCCCAAGGCAUGCACGGCGGGCUGAGGGCAUCGGGACCCAAGGCGGACAUUGCAUUAAUUGUGGCGGAGGAAGGCGCGGCCGCGGCUGGAGCGUUCACCACCAACAUAAUGUGCGCGGCACCCGUCACCUACUGCCGCCAAAUGCUUGCUCGGAGUUCGCGCUCCAAGGCGGUGCUCAUAAAUGCGGGCCAGGCAAACGCGGCGACGGGGGACGCGGGCUAUCAGGACUGCCUGGAGAGCGCGGAUGCUGUGGCCAAGGCACUCGGGAUAGCACCAGAGGAGGUUCUAUUACUCUCUACGGGCGUCAUCGGCCGCCGCAUCAAGCUGGACGCGCUGAAGUCGGCCGUGCCGGAGCUGGCCGGGAAUCUGGGCAGCGGUGUGGAGGAUGCGCACCACGCGGCUGUGGCUAUCACUACCACGGACCUUGUCAGCAAGAGCGCUGCGCUGGAGGUGGAGAUAGGCGGAGCGAAGGUGCGCGUGGGGGGCAUCGCAAAGGGGUCUGGCAUGAUCCACCCCAACAUGGCCACCAUGCUCAGCGUCAUCACAUCGGACGCCGCUGUAGACGAGUCCCUCUGGACAGACAUCGUGCGGCGGGGUGCCAUCAACAGCUUCAACCAGAUCUCGGUGGACGGAGACACGAGCACAAAUGACACAGUGAUUGGAAUGGCGAGCGGAGCGGCAGGGAACGCGCUCAUAAGCGACCCGGCCAGCCCAGAGGCGAAGCAGCUCGAGGACGCAGUCACCGCCCUGCUGCAGGGGUUGGCGAAGUCGAUAGCGUGGGAUGGCGAGGGGGCGACGUGCCUGAUGGAGGUGCAAGUGUCGGGGGCGCCCAGCGAUGAGGCGGCACGCACAAUCUCAAAAUCCGUGGUCGCCUCCUCCCUUGUAAAGGCGGCCGUCUACGGGCACGACCCCAACUGGGGCCGCAUUGCCUGCGCUGCCGGGUAUGCCGGAGUGCCCUAUGAUCCCAACGAGCUGAACAUCCAGCUUGGGGACAUCCCUCUUAUGGAGGCCGGACAGCCGCUGGCCUUUGACGCCAAGGCUGCCAGCGCCUAUCUCACCUCCACCACUGCCGUGCAUGGAACGGUGUACAUCACCCUCUCUGUGGGGUCUGGCCCCGGCAAUGGCGCUGCAUGGGGCUGCGAUCUCAGCUAUGACUAUGUGAAGAUCAACGCAGAGUACACAACCUGA